AAGACUUUCGAGCGACCUGAAACCCUAGAAAAGCCUCCAUCUUGCGAUUGUUGUGGCUUCCCCAGCUUCCGCCAUCUCUCCUUCUUCGUCGCCGCCGCCGCCGCCGCCGAUCGGAUUCCAUGGCUCCCAAGAAGGAUAAGGCUCCUCCUCCGUCUUCAAAGCCUGCCAAAUCCGGCGGUGGCAAGCAGAAGAAGAAGAAGUGGAGCAAGGGGAAGCAGAAGGAGAAGGUGAACAACAUGGUGCUGUUUGACCAGGGCUCCUACGACAAGCUUCUCUCCGAGGCGCCGAAGUACAAGCUCAUCACUCCUUCCAUUCUCUCCGAUCGCUUGAGGGUUAAUGGGUCUCUGGCGAGGAAGGCUAUAAGAGAACUGAUGGCGAGAGGUCUGAUCAGGAUGGUUUCUGCUCAUUCCAGCCAACAGAUCUACACAAGGGCUACAAACACAUAGAUGUUUUGUAAUUUUGUCUCACUAUCAGUUGGUGCUGUACUCUGCUGUUCCUUUUUUGGACGUAUUAGACUUUUUAGAGCGUGACCCUUGUUACUGCUAUUUAACAUGCAUCGUUUGGAUUUUCCUUGUUGAUGUGCUGCACUUAUGGAAUUCUCUGAAUGAUUUGGAUUUGAACUGGCCAUUUGGGGUCGUGAAUGACCGUCAAAAGAGAUUUUGUCUGCUAAAAAAAAACAAGUCGUGAAAGAAUUGUUCAGAGCACUUAUUAAAAUUUGUGCGGUUCUGA